AUGGGAGAAGGUUGGCGUCUCUUUCUUGGACGGUACACACUACCCCCACAUCCUUCUAGUCAGAACACCAUAGCUAAUCACACCAGUACAGUGAACGGCCACGUGGAAAGUGACUUCAACUUCCAAACCGGCACAUGGUCGGAUCCCGUCUUUGUAGAAGACCACUACCUCCGCGUCCACGGCCUGGCGCCAGGGCUGAACUACGGCCAGCAAGUGUUUGAGGGAAUGAAAGCCUACCGCAACAAAAGCGGGCAGAUCCAAGUCUUCCGUCCAACGGACCACGGGCUCCGCAUGCAGCGGUCGUGUGAAGCCGUCUCCAUCCCAUCCAUCCCGGGGCCCCUGUUCUGGGACGCGGUGAACCUGGCCGUGGCGCGCAACAGCGAAUUCGUGCCGGCGCACGAGACCGAAGCGGCGCUGUACAUCCGGCCGCUGGCGUUUGGAUCGGGCGGCUGGAUGCCCGUGGCGGCGGGCAUGCAGUACAAGUUCUGCGUGUAUACGCUGCCGUUCUGCGCCUACCACGGCACGCUCCCUGUCGAUGCGGUGGUGCUGGAGGAGCUGGACCGCGCCGCCCCGGUGGGUGUUGGCAACGUCAAGGUCGGCGGCAACUACGCGCCGGUGCUGAAGUGGAGUGACAAGGCGCGCAAGGAGGGGUUCGGCAUCACUCUGCACCUUGAUAGUCGGACGCGCAGUGAGAUCGAUGAGUUCAGUACCUCGGGAUUCGUGGGGAUCAAGUAUGGUGAUGGCAGGGCGGAGGGGCCGUAUACCUUGGUCGUGCCUAACAGCCAGUGUGUCAUCAAGAGCGUGACGAGCACGAGCGUGAUCGACUUGGCUAGGUCGCUUGGCUGGAGGGUGGAGGUUCGGCCGAUCCCCUACGACGAGCUUGCUUUCUUUGAUGAGGUGAUUGCCGUUGGCACGGCGGCGAUGCUCACCUCGAUCCGGUCGAUUACGCACCGGUCCAAGGAGCAGUUUUUCCAAUUUAACACCAGCGACAAGCCGGGGAGUGUCUGCGAGAAGCUGUCGAUCAAGCUCAAGGCGAUCCAGAAGGGCGAUGUGGCGGAUCCGUUUGGCUGGUUGAGACAGGUGGUGGAUCCAGAAGCCAGGAACCAGACGCAGCCUGUCAAGGAGGCGGCGAAGGGGCCUCAGGUUGAAGCAGUUCCGGUUGAGCAGGUGACUGUGCAGUAG